UUUCCCCAUCUGUGUAUAUAUAUAUGGCCCCUCUCUUCGCCCCACGGUUCAGUAACCAAAGAACACUUCGCCUCGCCCUCCACCACGCUUCAUCGGUUGUGGUUCAAAGGCAAAAGUCGUGUGAGAUCAUGGGCGCCUUGGAUCACCUCUCUGAUUUGUGUAGCAUGACGGAGACAAAGGAAGCCCUCAAGCUCAGGAAGAAGCGCCCACUGCAGAGAUUUAUGGGUUUUUCACCGUUCUGUUGAGCUGCUAUGUACGUGAUUUAUGAACUGGAGCUUUUUAUGUACAGACGGUGAACAUCAAGGUGAAGAUGGACUGCGAGGGCUGCGAGAGGAGGGUCAAGAACGCCGUCAAAUCGAUUCGGGGUGUGACGAGCGUGGCCGUGAACCCCAAGAUGAGCAAGGUGACGGUAACGGGGCACGUGGAGCCGCGCAAGGUGCUGGAGCGGGUGAAGAGCACGGGGAAGGCGGCGGAGAUGUGGCCGUACGUGCCCUACACCCUCGCCACCUACCCCUACGUCGGCGGCGCCUACGACAAGAAGGCACCGGCGGGCUUCGUCCGCAGCGCACCGCAGGCCAUGGCCGACCCUGCCGCGCCUGAGAUCCACUACAUGAACAUGUUCAACGACGAGGACGUCAACGCCUGCACCGUCAUGUGAUCUAAUCAUCGUAAUCACCAGCUCCUUCCACUCUAGCCGACGCCCAGCCGCCCAGCGGGAAGACAUGCUUGAUAUGUCUUCAUGCAUCACAAAGACUGUAUUUGUAUAUAGUAUAUGUUUUCUCGCUUGGGAAAAGGGGAUACCAAGAAGA